AUGUCGCAAACAGAUGAAGCUGCAGCUGCAGAGCUGAAAAAAAAACGUACCUUCAAGAAAUUCACAUAUCGUGGAGUCGAUUUGGACCAGCUGUUGGAUUUGAAUCGUGACCAGUUAGCGAAAUUGUUACCCUGCCGUGCACGUAGACGCCUGGCUCGUGGCUUGAAACGCAAACACUUGGCAUUCUUAAAUCGGUUACGAAAAGCAAAAAAAGAAGCUUCAGUGCAUGAAAAACCAGCCACAAUCAAGACCCAUUUACGUGAUAUGAUUGUGUUACCCGAAAUGGUUGGAUCAGUUGUAGGGGUAUACAACGGCAAAGUUUUUAAUCAGGUCGAAAUAAAGCCGGAAAUGAUUGGCUACUAUCUGGGAGAAUUCGCAAUCACAUACAAACCUGUGAAACAUGGACGGCCAGGCAUUGGUGCAACACAUUCUUCCCGCUUUAUUCCCCUCAAGUAA